AUGGCUCCCGCAGCAGUUGAAGCACCUGUGGUCAUCCACGAUGUCCCUAUCAAGACCAAGGUUCAACAGACCAUUCCCCUCGCUGGAACAUUGGACCAGUUUGAGUCUUUCGACAUCACACCAGUCAUUGGUCGUGAAUUCCCCAAGGCCAAUCUCGUAGACUGGCUCAAUUCCCCCAACUCCGAUGACCUUAUUCGAGAGCUUGCCGUCACCAUUUCACAGCGUGGUGUCGUCUUCUUCCGUGCCCAGGACAACCUCACCAACGACCUCCAGAAGGAGCUUAUCCUCAGACUUGGCAAAUUGACUGGACGACCUGCCACAUCUGGCCUGCAUAUCCACCCUCUCUUGAACAAUGAGCGAGAACUUGGUGGCAAUGACCCCGAGAUUAGCACCAUCAGCUCCGUUCAGUUCGACAAGUACUACAAGCAAACCAAGCCCGAUGAACUUAGCCCCAAGAGGCAAAAGGCCGCUGGCUGGCACAGUGAUAUUGCCUUUGAGCCUGUUCCUGCUGAUUACACUUCUCUCCGACUUGUUAAGCUUCCUAAGACUGGAGGUGAUACUCUCUGGGCCUCUGGUUAUGAAAUCUAUGACCGUAUUAGCGAGCCUUACCAGAAAUUCCUUGAGUCCUUGACUGCUACCUUUGAGCAGCCCGGCUUCGGUGACAUUGCCAAGCGAUCCGGUUUCGAGCUGUAUGACAAGCCUCGUGGUGCUCCUGAGAACGUGGGUUCUGAGCUCAAGGCUAUUCACCCUGUUGUUCGAACCAACCCUGUCACCGGAUGGAAGAGCAUCUUCCCAGUUGGUGGCCACGUUAAGCAUAUCAACGGUCUGACCGAUGAAGAGAGCAAGAAGCUCCUGCAGUGGUUCUUGGAUCUCGUUCACGACGGCCAUGACCUACAAGUCCGUUUCAGGUGGCAGAACCCCAAUGAUAUCGCCAUCUGGGAUAACAGGAGUGUCUUCCACACUGCUACCUAUGAUUAUAACGGUUUGGGCGAGCGUUUCGGAAAUAGAGCCGUCGGGCUGGGAGAACGUCCAUACCUUGAUCCCAAUAGCUCAUCCAGACGUGAAGCAUUGAGCAAGCAAGCAUGA